UGCAAUGGGUGAGCAUGGGUGAAGUAUUUUCUGCAAUUGUGCGCUGUGUUAAGUAUUUAAGCCAUGAAUGUAGAGUUUUAAUCAUUAAAAACAGGUUAUAGGCAAGAAUACUUGUUACUUAACUUUGAAACACAUGGGAUGCAUUGAUUUUUGUUUUAAGAAAUGUUUGUUUUUAAAUUUUGAAAGUGAAAAGACCAAUGUUGUCAGCAAACAUGGAAAAAAGAAUAGGGAGUAUAAAUUUGGCUUUUUUGUGUUUGCUAUGUUGAUCUGCUGAACAGGUUUGAUCCACGGGCUUUCCGCUGGGCUCUCACUAUGAAACUAGCAGUCGAGGAGAUAAACCAGAGUACGCAGUUAUUGCCAAAUUACACUUUGGGAUACAAAAUCUUCGAUUCAUGUGCGUAUCCACUGACUGGCCAAAGGGCUGCUGUCGCUGUGCUGAAUGGGAUAAGCGAGGAGGAAUCUCCCACAUGCAGCGGUGCUUCUCCGCUCCUCGCUGUGAUCGGAGAAUCAGGCUCUGCACAGUCCAUUGUGGUUUCACGAAUCCUGCAGCCCUUCAGAAUCCCAAUGGUAAUAUUAAAAAAAUAUGUUUUUUUAAUACACAGAGGUGUUGGUUUGGUAUUUACUUUCAUUAUUUUGUUGCUGUUUUUGUCAUUCUUUCUUGCAGAUCAGUUACUUUUCCUCAUGUGCCUGUUUCACUGACAGGAGAAGUUAUCCAACUUUUUUUAGGGUAAUUCCUAAUGAUGAUUACCAGGUAAGAGUUGUGCAGUUUAAAGAAAUGUUUUUAUUUUUUUAUUUUUUAUUUUUUUUUGUGCCAGAGACUUGAUUAAAAAUGCAUUAUCUACAAAUAAAGUAAAAAAUGAUACCUUCGGGAUAAUUUAAAGACAAACCACAUUACACUAGUAUUUGCAAUGUUCUCGAUAAUUUAAAUAAAAGAAAUCAUUUUAAGCUGAUCUGAAACAUUUUGAAAAUUAAAAUAUAUAUAUGUAUUUUAUCUCAUACGAUGAAAAGGUGAAAGCCAUUGCUCAACUACUGGUGCGCUUUAACUGGACGUGGGUGGGAGUUGUCCGGGGAGACCAUGAAUAUGGCCGAUUUGCCCUGCAAGGCUUACUGAGGGAACUACAAGGUACCAAAGUGUGUGUGGCAUACCAGGAAAUGAUCCCUCUGCUCUACAACCGUCAGAAGGCUCUGGAGAUUAUGCAGGUAGAGUCAAAGUUGCUCUUAUCUUUUUCAUAAAGAGUCAAAACCACUCGUGUGGAUAUUAAUUUAUACUAUAAUAGAGGUACAGAGGUAGAGCGGCCAACCUCUGAUCGGAAGGUCGCAGGUUUGGUUCUGCCCGCCCAUUUGUCAAAGUGUUAGUGGGCAAGAAACUGAACCCCACAUUGUGUGAUUGUGUGAGUCACAUUAGAUGAAUGUGACUCAGCCUGUAAAGCACUUUGGGCCUUCAAAAAAAGGAAAAGCACUAUACAAUUAAACCAUUUACCAUUUAUGUAAAAAUAUAGGACGCAAGGCAAGAAUUUUUAGUAUGUGGUAAUUUAAAGUUUAUAUUGGUCAUUUCUGGCUCGUAUUAUUCUCUUAAAUAGUGAUAUAACUGAAACAAUUUUCUCAUUGGGAUUGUAUUUUGUUUUGGAAAACUUUUCUGUGUGGAGUUUGUAUGUUCUCCCAAUGCAUACUUUGGCUUUGUCCCACCGUCCAAAAACAUGCUUUAUACUCUAAAUUACCCCUAGGUGGGAAUUUGAGUGUAUAUGCGUGUGAUUGUGGCUGCCCCAAACACUGGCAACCUGUCCUGGGUGUACCCACAAGUGGUCGAGUUGGGCUACAGAACCCCUAUGAACAUUUUAAAACAUUUAAAAAAAAAAAAAAAAAAAAAAACUUCUCUGCAUUUGUUUAGUCAUAUCAUUAUUGACAUUUUCUGCCCCUCUAUGUCUCUUUAUCAUAGGUAAUGAAAAACUCCUUGGCAAAAGUGGUAGUAGUGUUUUCAGCUGAAGGAGAAAUGACACCCUUCUUAAGAGAUUACAUGAUCCAGAAUAUCACUGGAAUCCAGUGGGUGGCAAGUGAAGCCUGGGUCACUGCGUCAGUGUUCACAGGCAGUGAGUACUACCCUUACCUGGGAGGCACCAUUGGAUUUGGCAUCAGAAGGGGACACAUAUCCCGACUCAGUGACUACUUGAUGACAGUCAGCCCUGAAAACUACCCAGAUAAUCCUCUGGUGGAAGAGCUGUGGGAGGCUUUGUACGGUUGUAGCCCACAUUUACCUUCUGCCUCGCAGCUACCCCUCUGCACUGGGCAGGAGGAGCUGCUGGUCCAGCACUCAGCCUACAUGAACACAUCCAGUCCAAGGGUGGCUUACAAUGUCUACAAGGCAGUUUAUGCAGUAGCCCAUUCUCUUCACAACCUUGUUUUGUGUCAGCCGGGUGUGGGGCCUUUUGAAAACAACUCAUGUGCUCAAACUAACAAUGUGCAUCCUUGGCAGCUCCAGCAUUACAUUGAAGAAGUUAAAUUUAAGAUGGCUGGGGAGGUGGUCAACUUUGACCUGAAGGGGGACUCUGUACCCUACUAUGACAUCAUCAACUGGCAGAGAGGCACGAGUGGGAACAUUGAGUUUGUCAACGUGGGGCUCUUUGAUGGAACCAAGCGUGCUGGAGAGGAGCUGGUGAUCUACGAAGACAAGAUCACGUGGGCGGGGCAUCAGAGAGAGGUGCCAGUGUCUGUAUGUAGUGCCAGCUGUCCUCCAGGGUCCAGGAAAGCUGUCCGUCGUGGGGAGCCUGUCUGCUGCUUUGAUUGUAUACCAUGUGAUCGUGGCAAAAUUAGUAAUCAGACAAAUUCAAUAGAUUGUACAUUUUGUCCUGAAGAUUUUUGGUCAAAUGAAGACAGAACAAUCUGCAUCCCCAAGAAAGUGGAGUUCCUGGCCUAUGACUCCGUGGGCAUCGCUCUGACAGUUAUCGCUGUGGUGGGAGCUUGUCUCACCAUAGGUGUUUUUCUGGUGUUCUUCUGUCACAGAAACACAGCGGUGGUCCGCGUCAAUAACUCUGAGUUAAGCUUCUUUAUUCUGUUUGCCCUGACGUUUUGUUUUUUGUGCUCUCUUGUUUUUAUUGGAGAGCCAACACGUUGGUCUUGCAUGCUUCGCCACACAGCCUUCAGCAUCACAUUCUCACUCUGCAUUUCCUGCAUCCUUGCAAAGACUCUGGUGGUGCUGGCUGCUUUCACCGCCACCAGACCGGGAGACAACAUCAUGAAGUGGCUCGGGCCCAAACAGCAGAGGGUUAUUAUCUUCAGUUGCACUAUGGUGCAGGUGAUAAUCUGUGCUGCCUGGCUCAUUGACGCUUCCCCCUAUCCAUCCCGAAACACAAAAUAUGAGCGUUCCAAGAUUAUACUGGAGUGCAGUGUGGGAUCCAGUCUUGCAUUCUGGUGUGUUCUGGGAUACAUUGGCCUCCAGGCGUGCCUCUGCUUCGUGCUAGCGUUCCUGGCACGCAAACUACCCGGCAACUUUAAUGAGGCCAAAUUCAUUACGUUUAGCAUUUUGAUCUUCUGUGCUGUUUGGCUGGCUUUCAUUCCUGCCUAUAUAAGUUCUCCUGGAAUCUAUGCAGAUGCAGUGGAGUCCUUCGCCAUUUUAGCUUCAAGCUUUGGCCUGUUGUUUUGUCUGUUCGCUCCGAAAUGUUACAUUAUUUUAUUGAAGCCAGAAAAAAAUACAAAACAACACCUAAUGGGUAAAGAAAAAUAAAACAAAUCUACAGUUUUCAAUAAAUCUAGCAAUUGACAGCAUGUUUUGGUAAACAUUUAAUCUUCUAGAGAUUUAGCAUAAUGAGUGAGGAUGGAGUUAUGUUAAAGUUUACAGGAACCAAUUUAAAACACAAACACUGAGUAAGAAUAACAGAAGGACUGAAACCCACAACUUCACAAGCUAUUAAAGUGUGUUCUGAUGCUGGCAAUAUCUGGAUUUUGCUUGAUUUUUAAAA